CACGCGCGCGUUCGAGGAGUUGGGCCUUCGGCUGCUGCGAGGUGGUAGAAGGCGGACGAGAGCGGGUCGUAGCCGGGUGGUCGUCGUCUUCCCCCGUCGAGAUCUGUUUGAUUUCACAAGCCAGAGAAGAGUGUUCUAGGCAACAGUUGUGUUGUAUGAAGGUAGAAAAACUUAUUAAAAAGGUUUAAGUCAAGGAGGUAGCAGAGAUGUCAAAAACAAAUAAAUCAAAAUCAGGAUCCCGUUCCUCUCGUUCAAGAUCUGGAUCACGGUCUCGGUCCAGGUCUUUCUCGAAGUCUCGCUCUCGGUCCCGGUCUGUUUCUCGGUCAAGGAAACGCAGGCUCAGUUCUAGGUCCCGUUCGAGAUCAUAUUCUCCAUCUCACAACCGGGAGAGAAACCAUCCACGAGUAUACCAGAAUCGGGAUUUCCGAGGGCAUAAUAGAGGAUAUCGGAGGCCCUAUUAUUUCCGUGGAAGGAAUAGAGGAUUCUACCCAUGGGGCCAGUAUAAUCGAGGUGGCUAUGGAAAUUACCGGUCCAACUGGCAAAACUAUCGCCAGAGUUAUAGCCCUCGUAGGGGCCGUUCACGUUCUCGGUCACCCAAGAGGAGGUCUCCAUCGCCGAGGUCUAGAAGCCAUUCUAGAAACUCUGACAAGUCUUCAUCAGAUAGAUCAAGGAGGUCAUCUUCAUCUCGGUCCUCUUCCAAUCAUAGCAGAGCUGAGUCCUCUAAGCGUCGGUCUGUGAAGGAGAAGAAGUCUUCUUCCAAGGAUGCACGAGGAUCUCAGGGUGCAGGAGAUAGCCAAGGAGAUGACGCCAAGGAACAGCCUUUCACGGGAGGAACUGCCCAGGAUGCCAAAUCCUCAGAGGGGUCGAAACCUUGGCAAGAAGUGGGCACUUACGGCACGAGCUCUGCAUCAAGGGCCUCUGUGGUGACAGAGUUGAGUCCAAAAGAACGCAGCCCAGCUUUAAAAAGUCCCCUACAGUCGGUUGUUGUGAGGCGCCGUUCCCCCAGGCCGAGCCCACUUCAGAAGCCCAGUCCAACAUCAUCCAACCCUUCUCAAAUGGGCUCAGCUCUGCAGAGCAGCAGCUCCUUUCAGGCAGGCUCACAUCAGUUUGAGCAUAACUUAACAGGCCUAAGUCCAACGAGGAAGAGCCCUGUGUGCAAAAGCCCCACAACAAUUGGUUCCGUUUAUGGGGCAUCUCAGAAGGAGGAAAUGGGGUCAGCCUUCUCCAAGAGGUACUUGGAAGACCAAAAGUCUGAAAAUGGGAAAGAGAAAGAGCAGAAACUGAUGAAUGUGGAAAAGGAGAAAAUGAAGGAGAAAGGAAGUUUCUCUGAGAUUGGAUUAGCAGAUGGUAAAGCAAAAUUGGACCCAUAUUCCUCCAAAACAGAUGCUGAGAAAGUCUAUCGUGGAAGUCAGUCCCCAAAGCGCUAUAAGAUCCGGGAUGACUUUGAAAAAAAGAUGGCUGAAUUCCAUAAGGAGAGCCACUAUGGCAAAGAUGAGGCAGAUGAGCCAGACAAAAAAAUGAAGGGCAAAGGGCGAAAGGAUCCCAAUUUUGAUGAGGAUGAGGAUGAUGAACCCAAGUUUCUGUCUAAGACAGUGUCUGCCUCCAGUAAAAACCAGGAGGAAGAUCGUACAGGAAAAUGGGAAGGCGUGGUGUUUUUGCCCACAGCCAAAGAGAAACAGAGGAAAGCAGAGGAAAUGGAGGAGGACUCCUAUCCCGAGCCAUCUAAGAAAGAAGAAAGGCAAGCUGCCAAGAGAGCAGAUGCUGGGCACAGAGGCUUUGUUCCAGAGAAGAAUUUCCGAGUGACCACUUACAAAGCUGGGCAGGAAAAAGGUCCUGCCUCUCCUCCUCCAAGAAAGGCCUCGGAGGGUAGGGAGAAGGCAGGUACACGGGGAGAGGGCCUAGCCACUGGGAAGUCCUCCUUUUCCAUUACUCGUGAGACCCAAGUCAAUCUCCGGAUGGAUUCUUUUGAUGAGGAUCUUGCACGCCCAAGUGGUAUUUUGGCACAGGAGCGCAAGCUGUGCCGUGAUCUGGUGCAUAGCAACAAGAAAGAGCAAGAGUUCCGCUCAAUUUUUCACCACAUCCAGUCAGCCCAAUCUCAGCGGAGUCCUUCAGAGCUCUUUGCCCAGCAUAUAGUUACUAUUGUCCAUCACGUGAAAGAGCACCACUUUGGGUCUUCGGGAAUGACGCUGAAUGAGCGAUUUACAAAAUAUCUAAAGCGAGCAGAGCAAGAAUCGGCUAAGAACAAAAGUCCUGAAAUCCACAGGAGGAUAGAUAUUUCUCCGAGUUCAUUUAGAAAACAUGGAUUCUCGCAGGAGGAAAUCAAAAGUUCCAAAGAAACCAGCUAUAAGGCUGAAAGCAAGUAUAAAGAUGACCCAGUUGAUCUGCGCCUUGACAUUGAACGGCGUAAAAAACAUAAGGAGAAAGAUAAGCGGGGCAAGUCGAGGGAAUCGGUGGACUCCAGGCCCUCAAGUCAUUCGCGGGAGAGAUCAGCAGAGAAAACAGAGAGGUCUCACAAAGGGUCCAAAAAGAAGAAGCACCGGCGUGUGCGGGAGCGAUCCAGGUCAAGUUCUUCAUCCUCUCAGUCCUCACCCUCACGCUCUUACAAAGCUGAGGAAUACACCGAAGAGCCCGAAGAGCGGGAGGAGGCAGCCCCUGGUUUUGACAAAUCCCGCCUCGGCACCAAGGAGUUUGCUGGCCCAAAUGAGCGGGGCAGGGCUCGAGGGACUUUUCAACAGUUCCGAGCCAGGGGCCGUGGUUGGGGAAGAGGAACCUUUUCUGGCAACAGCAACAAUAACAACAGUAGUGGCAGCGGUGACUUCCAAAAGCGAAGCAGAGAGGAGGAAUGGGACCCCGAGUACACUCCUAAGAGCAAAAAAUACUACUUGCAUGAUGACCGCGAGGGUGAAGGCGGCGAGAAAUGGGCAAAUCGAGGCAGGGGCCGGGGCAUCUUCCCCCGAGGGCGAGGCCGUUUCCUGUACCGGAAAUCAAACACCAGCCCCAAAUGGGCCCAUGACAAAUUUAGUGGAGAGGAGGGUGAGAUCGAGGACGACGAGAGUGGAGCUGAGAACAGAGAGGAGAAAGAAGUCCUUCAGUCGGUCGCAGAGUAGCAGCCAUAAGUGGGAGCCUCUAGGGAGUGGCCUCUGCCAGUCCAAACUGUAACUGAUCCUUUUUGACUAGUUGAAUGUGUUUCUGUUUGUUAAUUUUUGUGUGACCCUUCCUUGGAGGACAGUGUUGAGUUAGCUUGUGCCCAAUACUCUUGGCAAUCAUUUUUGUCUCCUGGAAAAAAAAAUGGCAGUGGGAAAGUAAUUCCCUGCUUUUUUUAUUCCCCCCUUCCUGUUUGUGGAGUUUUAAAAAUAGAAUCCUUUAUUUUAAGCCUUUGCAUAUUAUAGAGACGAUACCCCUUAAGAAUGGUUGAUUUCAGAACAGCCUUUGUGGUUCUUGCAUAUUAAAGAAGAAUGAUGCAUGUGACUGAACACCUUAAUAUAAAUUGUUGGGACCAAACUAUGUGUUCUUAAUUUUAAAGUAACUUUAUCCCACUUGAAUUUGGAGUCAUUUUAUUUUCUGUUUUAAGGUGUUCCCUUUUUUUUUUUUUUUUUUUGAAGGAAAGUUGGCAUGGUGCAAAAUUGGGGAAUACCUUCCCACCCUGCCCCCAAAUUGCUUUUGGCUGAUCUUAGCAGCAUCUUGGUCCUUUCACUCUAGAUUUCUUGCUUUAUCUUCUUUGCCUCCAAUUGUGAAUUUGAACACUUUUCAGGGUUGCAUAGUUUUCUAAGAAACUUAUGGAUAUAUUAGGUUAACAGAAAUUGUAGCAUGAAAAAUGAAAUUUUUUCCAGUAUUUUUAUUAAUCUUUUUAUAAAGCAAUUUUGACUCACUUCUGUGAUGGCUGUGGCAAGUUACUUGUGGUUGGUUUUUGUGUUUAUCUCAGCUUUAAAUUUGUAGCGCUCAAAAGGUAUUUGGCGGGGGGGGGGCAAUUCUCCCUCCCAGGCCUUCCAAGCCAGCUACAGAAAAUGUUGUUGCUGCAUAGAGGAAUCAGUCCCUUGAAAAUCUGGUUUUGUGGUGCUUCUCUCCCCCUCCCCCACCCUUUUCCUUUCUGUGCUAUAAAUUGGGCCCAUUUUAUGGGACCCAGUGCAGUUCUUGCUUAGCAGAGCCUGAAAGCUUUUGUUUUGAUUGUGCAAAUAAAAUUACAUUAAAAUCAA